AAAAAAACAAAAAACACAGAGAGAGAGAGAGAGAGAGAGAGAGAGAGAGAGAGAGAGAGAGUCACACCCCCAACAUCCCCACUCUCUCUCACUCAGACACGCAACUGUUUCGAACACAAAUGAACGAGAAAAUGAAACUUAACUGAACCAACAUUGAACACUCUUUGAAACACCCUUUCAGUUUUGCCCCGUGCUUGCGUGUGUGCGUGUCCGUGUCCGUGUGUGCGUGUGCGUGUGCGUGUAGGAGGUCCACACGCACUUACACCCCCCCCUGAGAGCAAGGUAGAAGGCGGGAGAAGGGAGAUAUAGUGAUAAAUGAAGAGGAAUACAAAAAAUUGAAGUGUUGUGAUAGAAAACGUGGAAAGAACGUGUGAAUUUAAAGGGUGACUUGUAAAAAUGUUUGUUUACGUUAACGAAAGGUGAAUAGAAAGGAAAUGGUGAUAAAUGUGUGAAAGAGAGAGAGUUAAGAGUAAAGAUAGAAGUGAGGAAUGGCUGAUAAAUUACUGGAGGAGAUAGAAAGCGAGAGAUUGAAUAGAAAACGGAAGUGAGGGGAAGGAAAAGAGAGAAAAUAAAAAAAGAAUUCUUAAUCCAGAACCCAGAAGUGAGAUAGAAACGAAGAGAAAGAGAGAGAGAGAGAAAGAGAAAGAGAGAGAGAAAGAGAAACACAGAGAAAAGAGAGAGUGACAGAAGUGAACCCUGUGUCACUCCACCUUAAGAAACAAAAAGAGAGAGAGUGAGAGAAAAAGAGAGAGAGGAAAAAUACAAGAAAAGAAAGAAAAUAUAAACACAAAAAAGAGAGAAAAAGAGAGAAAGAGAAGAAGAAAAGAGAGAAAAAAAAAGAAAGAGAGAGACAGAACUGAACCCUGUGUCACACCAUAAACAAAGACACAGAGAGAAAGAGAGAGAGAGAGAGAGAGAGAGAAAGUCACACGCAAACACACAGACCCCUCUCUCUCUAAAGCAGCCCCUUAGACACUUCCAAACACCCCUAAACACCCCAAAACACCCCUAAACACCCCUAAAACACCAAUAAAACACCCCAAAACACCCCUAAACACCUUCAAAACACCCCCAAACACCCCAAACACCUUAAAAUACCCAGUCAAACACUCCUCAGCCCUCAAUCAACCUCAUUCAGCCCCCAGUCAGCCCCCCAGUCAGCCCCCCAGUCAGCCCCCAGUCAGCCCACCUUCAGAGCAACAUGGCGGAGUUACUGAGCGUGCAAGUCCCCAGCAGGAGGGGGCUAGGGGGCUACGUGGAGUUUCACAAGAACAUGGAGGGGGGGGCUGCAGGGGUGGGGACUCCAAUGCUGGGGUCCCCUGCAGCCAGACAGCCCUACCAGAACCUCUCCCUCUCACACGCCAGGAUCAGCAACGACCUGAGGAAGAAGGUCGUGAACGGCGCCAGUGCGGGGAUCAUCAUGUCUCACCUUCCCAAACGACCACCUGUUCACAUCGAGUUUAACGACCUCUCCUACUCCGUGUCCGAGGGCAGGCAUAGAGGUUUCAAGACAAUUCUGAAGAAGGUGAGCGGCAAGUUUCGCUCCGGGCGCCUCACAGCCAUCAUGGGGCCGUCAGGAGCGGGCAAAUCCACCCUCAUGAACAUUACGGCCGGAUACAGAAUCAGCAAUGUUGUGGGAAGCAUCUUGGUGAACGGGAGGGAGAGAAACUUGAGGAAAUUCCGCAAGAUGUCUUGUUAUAUUAUGCAAGACGACCACCUCCACCCACACCUGACCGUCGCUGAGAGUAUGACAUGCUCAGCGAACCUCAAGCUGGGAGAUCGCAUGAAGAGGGCGCAGAAGGAGGAAGUGAUCAACGAGAUUCUGGAGACGCUGAGCCUGACGGAGUGCCGGGACACGCGCGCCAUCAACUUGUCAGGCGGCCAAAGGAAGCGUCUCUCGAUCGCCCUUGAGCUUGUAAACAAUCCCCCUGUUAUGUUCUUCGACGAGCCCACCAGCGGCUUGGACAGCAGUAGCAGUUUUCAAUGCAUCAAUUUACUGAAGACUCUGGCACAGGGGGGGCGCACCAUUAUCUGCACCAUUCACCAGCCCUCCGCCAAGCUGUUUGAGAAAUUUGACUACCUCUACGCUCUUGCUGACGGCCAGUGCAUCUACAGGGGCGCUAUCACCGGACUUAUCCCCUUCCUCUCCGCCAUGGGCCUUGAGUGUCCCUCCUAUCAUAACCCAGCUGACUUCCUGAUGGAGGUGGCCAGCGGGGACUACGGGGAAUUUACACACAAGUUGACCUCGGCGGUGCAUUGUGGGAAGUGUGACAACCUGGGACCAGACAACACCGAGGCAGUCCGCGCCAAACACCACCUCAUCUGCAGGGAGGAUGAAGAAGGAAGAGAAGACGGAGGAGGAGGUGGAGGAGGAGGAGGAGGAGGAGGAGGAGGAGGAGGAGGAGGAGGAGCAGCAGGAGCAGGGGAGACACGAGUAAACAUGCCAGCCUCCACCAAACACUCCCUGCUGACCUCAGAGGACGAAAGUAUAGACGACAUUCCUAAUUCAUUUCCUACUUCAGGCUGGAAGCAGUUUGUCAUUCUCUUCAAGCGGACCUUCCUCUCCAUCAUCAGGGACGGGAUGCUAACCAAGAUGAGGAUCUGUUCGCACAUCCUCAUUGGUCUCCUGAUCGGCCUUCUCUACUACAACAUAGGCAACGAGGCGAGCAAGGUCUUCAAUAACUCCGGCUGUCUCUUCUUCUGCAUGCUGUUCCUCAUGUUCACCGCCAUGAUGCCCACUAUUCUGACAUUCCCCCUUGAAAUGAACGUGUUUAUCAGAGAGCACCUCAACUACUGGUACUCCCUCAAGUCGUACUACCUGGCUAAGACAAUGGCGGACAUGCCCUUCCAGGUGAUCUACCCGCUGCUGUAUGUGCUGCUGGUGUACUUCCUGACGGCGCAGCCCCUCGAGGCGCAUCGCUUCUUCAUGUUCACCAUCAUGUGUAUAAUGACCUCCCUGGUAGCACAGUCGCUGGGUUUGGCUAUCGGGGCGUGUCUUAAUAUACAGGGGGCGGUGUUCCUGGGACCCAUCACCUCCAUCCCAGUGCUUCUCUUCUCUGGGUUCUUCGUCAAUUUCUCAACCAUUCCCAUCUAUCUCCGCUGGGUCACCUACAUCUCCUACGUCAGGUACGGGUUUGAGGGGACACUGCUGAGUAUAUACGGGUUUGACCGCAAGCCGCUGCACUGUUCCGAGGCGUACUGUCACUACAAGUCACCACGCAAGUUUCUGGAAGAGAUGGACAUAAUCGGAGCGGAGUUUUGGAUAGAUUUUGUGGUGCUGUUCUCGUUCUUCAUCGCUCUGAGGACCAUUGGGUAUUUUGUGCUGCGAUGGAAGCUUAAGGCAGAACGCUAGCCACUGGGGAAGGCUGGGGAGGAGGGAGGGAGUCUGCUGUUACUUCUACUACUACUAUUAUUUCUUGUACUAUUCGUCCUACUUCGAUCUCAGUGUUAUUUUUGUGUUUUUUCUUCACUCAAGGUAUAUUUUCCUCAUUUUCCUCCUAUCCCUCCUCCUCCAGACUUGAAAGUGAAGGAAAGACGAAAGUUUGGGUGUGUUUGUGAUCACCCUUGUGUUUUGCCACUUGGAGACUGCGAGAGAGAACAGCCACUAGUGAUGGUGAUGCAGUGUAGUGAGUGGUUCUCCCCGCCGCGCCGUGCCAUCUCGCUCUGUACAGCGUAACAUACGGACACACACACACAAACCUACAUACAUACAUACAUACAUCUCGCGCAUUCAUUUAAUUCACUCGCCGCCAAAUUCCUUUAUGGAGCGGAACAUUUUACAAAGCCCCUUGCGACUGCUGAACCUACUGCUACUACUGCUGCUACUGCUUGGCUGCCUGCUCGCCUGCCACCCUGCCUGCUAGCCUGCCUGACCACCACAACGCUCUGCAGGCUGCCGGCAACACACAGGCUGGGCUAGAGAGGGCAGGUGUGUCUUUGGAGUCUUUCAGAGGAUGGGAUGAGAGGAGAGGGCUUGGGAGAGGAGAGGGAGAGGAGAGGGAGAGGCAAGAGUUCUGAUGUGCUAUGGAAACACACUCCUCACCCUUUUAUCUUCAAGCUCAGGGUCUUGUCUGUCCCUCUCCCCUCCUGGACGCCCUCUGCAUGCCUUCCCUUCCCCUGCCCUGGUGUGGCUUCAAAAGGCAUCCAAAUCCCUGCCAAGCUGUCGUGAUCCCCUUUAAGUAGUGUUCAGUCUCCUUAAGUGGUGUUCAAUUCCACUAUAAGUGGUGUUUGAGCCUUCGUAAGGUGCUUGGGCAUACUUAAGUGGUGUUCGGUCACUUUUUUUAAGAGAGGUGAUGGUUAAAGUGACAGUGAUGUUCGGUUCUACUGCAUUGCCACUUAAUCCUCUGCAGUGGUGUCAGAUCCCCCUUCAAGUGGUGUUUGAUUCCCUGUGGCAGCCUCGCAUCGGUUUGUCUCCGAGAGUGAUGCCAAAGUGGAGGGGACUGUUAUCAUCUUCAUAGUGUAUACAUCUACUCUACUACUCAUAGUCUGUAUAUACGUGUAUGUAUGUUUUGUGAUGCAGUACAGAGGGUGAGAGGGAAACUUUAUUAUCUUCCACAGACUGAUUGUACGUACGCCAGUGAUCUUAAUCUUAGUCUUGACAAGUGAGUAAGACGGGAAAAAAGACAAACAUUUACACGAGUGAUCUUAAUCUUAAUCUUGACAAGGGAGAAAGAGACUAUUGAGGUGUUUUAAGAGAAGGACAAAGGAGAAGUUUACGAGUCAGACAUAAAAGACAUACAAGAACUUCCUCUAGAACCUAUUAACUCGGAAGCCAUGCACAGUGACAGUGAGUAGUGAAUUGAAGUGAGAGGAACAGCUAACAUGUCAGUACUGAGUGUUGUGUUGGUGUGUGAGUCAAAUGAACAAUUCAAAGUUUAGAAAGGAAAGGAAAAAAGUUGGAAAAAGAAAAAAAAAUGUUUGCAGAAUCGUACAAGUUGUUAGAAAAAGAGAGAGAAAAAAAAACUUGAAUCCUUAUUGUAGUUUAGUUUUUUUUUUUUUUUAUUUAGGGAAAGUGUUUUAGGUGAAGGAAAAAGAAGGAUGGUUACCUGAAGAUUCACAGCGAGUUGGAAGGUGUUUGUGUGUGUGUGUGUGUGUGUGUGUGUGUGUGUGCUAUAGUGCAAGGCUGAGUGAGGGACAGAGUAAGGAGAAAAGGAAGUAAAUAUAUAGAUGCAAACAAAAAGGAAAUGGAGAAACAAAGAAAGGACAGAAAAGAGAAAGGAAAAUUUCUAGAAACAAAUAUUCUCCAAUGGAAGAAAAAUAUAGAAAAGUUUGAAGUUUGUUUAGCGAAAUGUAAAGAAGUUGUGUAGCAGUUUUUAGUGAAAUGAAGAAAAAAAAAAUGAUGUAUUGGAGUUUUUACUGUAAAUAUGUGAAAAAUACAAAAAAAUGAGAAGAGAAAGUAAAUAUUUAUGACCUGCUUAGGAAAUGAAUAAAUGGAAGACAAUUUCGGAAUUAAUGAGGAAAAAUUAUAAAAUGGUGACUGAGAAGAGUACAAUAUGAACAAUUAAAGAAAAGACAAGGCUGAACUCACACCAGAAAUUUGAAAUAUGGUACAUUACACUGCUGGCUCAUGAGAGAGAGAGAGAGAGAGAGAGAGAGAGAGAGAGAGAGAGAGAGAGAGAGAGAGAGAACGGGUACUAUUAUAAUCCUCAUAGUAAAAUAAUUGUAACGAAUGAAACAAAUCUCCGUUUAUUAACAAAAUUUUAACUCGUUGCAUGUCCGCCGCUGCACCUCCAGGCUUAUCUCCAGGAACAUUGACGAUGUAUGCAUGACUCUGCACAAACCAUUCACUAUCACAACAAAAGACGGAAGAGUUACACGUUAUAUUUAAAAACACGUAACCGAAAGGAAUAGUGUUUUGUGUUUUUCCAUGAUUUAAAAAUUUUUGACGUUUUUCUCUCUAGCCUCCUCAGAGACUUAGUCAAUGAGUUUUAAGUAAGUAAAUAUCUAUAAAUAAUAUGUAUCGUAAUAAUCACUUUUCAAAUAUUUCUGCUGCGGCACAAUCGAGGCAUUUUUUAAUACUCUAUAGCGAGAAGUAUUAGUGCAUUUUUUUUUUUUUUUUUUUAUUUAUUAUGAAAGCACUUUUCGGCAGUUUUGUGGAGCCAUUGUACAAUUUAAACAUUUCACGCCUUCAUUUCAUACAAAACUUCAAGGGCUAGCAGUGUUGCCAUAACGCAUUCACCUCCCGGACUUGUUAAAUAGUAGCAGUAAUGGACGCCUGGGUUGGCAACAGUGGCGCAAGUAGAAUGUAAACAAAGGAAAUUAGUCACUCAUUAUUAUUAUUAUUAUUAUUAUUAUUAUCUACUUAUCUGUUUAUUUUUUCUUCAACAUUUCCCUCACUUAAUUUUAUAGUGUACGAUAAUUACCAUAUAUUUUUUUCGCGUAGUCCAGAAAUACACAAUUAUAUAUUCCACCUCAUUUUUUAUACUGAAUAUCUGUUUGUCAUAUUAUUGCGUAGGAUUGGCCCACAUUGUAUUGCUCAGAGACUAGUAUUAUUAGUUUAACGUUAGGUUUGGUGUGAGGGAGGUGAGGAGGAGGUAGAGAUAACUUGAUAAAGGGAGGCAACAGGAAGAUUGUAAAUAAGAUAGAGAGGAUAAAAGUAGCUUACAGUGGACAGUAUACAGAGGAGAAAGGGAAAUAAAUAGUAAAUAGAUAAAAGAGGAAUAGGAGAAAGGGAAGAACGUAGAAAGGAAUACGAGAAUGAAGAAUAAUGUAUAGAAAAAAAAAAAACAUUGAUAAUCCUAAAUUAAUUAACUACAUAUUCAGGCUGUGGACUAAACAUAGAUAUGGCAAAAUAUGUACAUAAAAAAAACUUAAUAUUAGACUGUAUUUGAUGUAUUUAGUUGACUUGUUAAUCUCAUCAGUAAGUAAAAAUUAGUUAUGAGUUUAGAGGUUAAAAGAAGUCGAAGGAAUGGAAGAAAUAUGUGAUGUUCUUUAGAUUUAUUUAUUUAUUCUCAUCAUUAAGUCAAUUAGAAAAAAUAAUUAAGGAUUUCAGAAUUAGUUACUUAAAUACAGAAAGGUAGAACAAUUAAUUAUGAGUUUAGAGGUUAAAAGAAGUCGAAGGAAUGGAAGAAAUAUGUGAUGUUCUUUAGAUUGAUUUAUUUAUUCUCAUCACUACGUCAAUAAGAAAAAAUAAUUAAGGAUUUCAGAAUUAGUUACUUAAAUAUAGAAAGGGGAAAAAAAGUGCAUUGAUAUAUCUUAGGUUAAAUUAGCAUAUACGUAAAUUAUACUUCUGUGAUCCAAGCAAAAAAAGAAAUGCAUUAGAUUAAAAACAAUAAUAUUAAUAGUAAAGUCAGUGAUAGCAGUAUUCUCUUAUGGCGAAUACUUAAACUAUGUGUAUGAAACUAUUUAUUUGUGUAUGUAUUCAUUUCAAAAGUAUAUUAAGUUUAACCAGAAAACCCACUGUAUUUGAAGUAUUGAAGACUGUAGAAAGAGAAUCAGAUUGUAUUGGUGUAAAAAACAAAAAGAUUAGGAAAGGAAUCAAGGAGAGUUUAACCACUGUAUUUGAAGUAUUGAAGACUGUAGAAAGAGAAUCAGAUUGCAUUGGUGUAAAAAGGAUUAGGAAAGGAAUCAAGGAGAAAAAUGGACAAGAUACUGGAACAUUUUAAAUAUAGAUAAACCCUUUUGUAAA